AUGAAUAACCAAGGAGUUACCUAUGCAGAACUCAGUCAGGUUAAUGGUUUGAGAAGACAGCAAGUGAAAGCUGAGGGCACUAAACGUGGCAUUUUGGGAACAGAGCAGGAAAUAACGUAUGCAGAAUUAACUCUUCAAGAUGCUUCUCGGGAUCUUCAAGGGAAUGGCAAGAACUACCAAUGCAACUCUUUACCUUCAUGUCCAGGGAAGGUCAUUGCUGGGAUCCUGGGAAUCAUCUGCCUUGUCUUGUUGUCCACUGUGGUCACAAUAGCUGUUAUUCCCUCUGACUCAUGUGGUCAUUGUCCAAAAGAGUGGAUUACAUAUUCCAAAAAUUGCUAUUACAUUAGCACUGAAAGAAAACCAUGGAAUGAGAGUCAGUUGUCCUGUGCUUCUAAGAGCUCUACCCUGCUCUCCAUAGAGGAUGAAGAGGAAAUGGUGUUUUACCUGUAUUUGGUGGAGGAAGUAGGGACUAGCUGGAAUAUCCUCUCCUUCUUGCUGGAAUAG